AAUAAUAAUGAAAAUAACAACAACAAUAAUAAUAAUGACAGGGAGAUGGGCACAGAUAGUCUAACCCCACUCCGAAGAAAGUGGGUGAAGGCUCAAGUGGGUCCCUCCUCUUAAAGAUUCAACUCUGCGGGUGAGCCCAGGCCGGGUUUCUUUCUCCCGGCGGCUGCCGGGAGCCAGCAGGGAGGCAGCCGUCUCCGCCAUGGCAGUCUGCGGCCCGCGCUCCCGCCGAUCGCCGGGAGGUGGCGCGCUCUGCUCAGAGGCCGCCGCCAACCUUCUCCCUGUUUCUCCCCCUUCUCCGUUUUUCCCCCUCUCUCCGAGGCUCGCAUUGAAUCGGCCCUAACGAUUCUCGGAUCGUCAUUAUUUGUAACCAUAGAGCAUGAAUUACCUCUUGAGGUCAUCAGCGAGAAUUUACGACUGGUCAACAAAAGCACGUGAUUCCCUAACGCCCCCCCAUCCCCCUUCCAACCCCCCCCCCCAUAUUUGGCCGCAUACAUAGCAAAACGAAGUACAGUGCAUCGCUAUAAUUCAUUAAUACAUCAUAAAUCGUGAAGCACAGGGUUAUAACGACCACGAUCCACAAAUCAAGCCCUCCAAAAUCACCCAAAUGAGCUCGUACUUUGUAAACUCCUUCUCGGGGCGUUAUCCAAAUGGCCCGGACUAUCAGUUGCUAAAUUAUGGCAGUGGCAGCUCUCUGAGCGGCUCUUACAGGGAUCCCGCUGCCAUGCACACCGGCUCUUACGGCUACAAUUACAAUGGGAUGGACCUCAGCGUCAACCGCUCCUCGGCCUCCUCCAGCCACUUUGGGGCGGUGGGCGAGAGCUCGCGCGCCUUCCCCGCGCCCGCCCAGGAGCCCCGCUUCAGGCAAGCGGCGUCGAGCUGCUCCCUGUCCUCGCCCGAGUCCCUGCCCUGCACCAACGGCGACAGCCACGGCGCCAAGCCCUCUGCUUCGUCCCCCUCCGACCAGGCGACCCCGGCCAGCUCCAGCGCCAAUUUCACCGAAAUAGACGAGGCCAGCGCGUCCUCGGAGCCUGAGGAAGCGGCGAGCCAGCUAAGCAGCCCGAGCCUAGCUCGGGCACAGCCAGAGUCCAUGGCCACCUCCACAGCCGCGCCCGAGGGGCAGACUCCGCAGAUAUUCCCCUGGAUGAGGAAGCUUCACAUCAGCCAUGAUAUGACGGGGCCGGACGGGAAAAGGGCCCGGACCGCGUACACCCGCUACCAGACCCUAGAGCUGGAGAAGGAGUUCCACUUCAAUCGCUACCUGACGCGGCGGCGGCGCAUCGAGAUCGCCCACGCGCUCUGCCUGUCCGAGCGCCAGAUCAAGAUCUGGUUCCAGAACCGGCGCAUGAAGUGGAAGAAAGACAACAAACUGAAAAGUAUGAGCCUGGCUACAGCCGGCAGCGCCUUCCAGCCCUGAGCCCUCCUGGAGGAGCCCUGGGUGGCCCAAGAGCCCUUGCCGCCCCCUAGCCCGGGCCCCUCCGAGCCUCCCUGCGCUGCCACUGCCCGCUGGGGACCGGUUCCCACGAGCCUGCCUCGCCCAGGCCUUGUGUUACGAUUUUUCGUUUGGUCUUAGGUCUUCCUGUGGCUCCCUCUCUCCUGGACUGGUUAAUCUUGUUAUUAUUGUUAAUAAUAAUGAUAAUUAUUAUUUUCCCUCCCUGCUCCCCACAUCCCUCCACUCACCCCAAAUCCGCCAGUGUUUCUGAAUGUUCGUGUUUGUGGUUGCACUCCUUCCCCCAGGAAAGAAAGAAACUCGCAUGUUUAAUGUGAACUUUCCCCUCCCCAUCUGUGUUCUUCUAACUUAUUUAUAAAAGGAUGGUCGCUGUAUUUUGAGUUUCAGCUGGAAACUUCUCUAAGGGGCAGCCCUGGAGGUGGGGUAGUGCCACAUCCUGGGGGCCCAGCUGAGCCGGCCUUGGAGAUGGAGUCCAAGACUGUCUCUUUCCACCCUCCUCCUCCUCCCUCCCCACGCACCAGGCCCAAGUCUCCCAGUGACUUGGUCCAAGGGUGGGAAGGGGGCCAGGAGGACCCAAGGGGUGAUCUUGAGAAGAGGGAAGGUAAACCAUGAGAGUUAGGUUCCUGCCGCCUGGGUAGGCCCCACAAGGCCUGGCCUGGGAGUGGACGGAAACAAAAAUAAUGCUCAGUGUAAAAUGUCUUGUGUACUUCUCUGUGAAUCCCUGGGUCUGGAGUAGAGGGCCCAAAGCUUGUAAAUAUGGGGAUAGUCUGGGUCAGACCCAUCCCCUCCGCCCCCCCCCACCCAUUUCGCUUCCGAGACCAUUUGUAGUGAGCGAGGGGAUGCUGUGCUACGUGUGAAAUCUGUCUUUGCCUUUGCCGGGCCUGUCUUCAGUGAUCCGCUUUUGGUAUUUGUUUGUAGCUUUCCUUGAAGUCAAAUAAAUGUUUCCCCUAUUC